AUAUUUUAUUAAAUAAAAGUUAAUAUGGAGACACCGUUUAUUAAUCAUUUAACAGCAGAUGAUUUCACGCAAGUAUAUGAGCCAGCACAAGAUACUUUUUUAUUGCUAGAUGCGUUGGAAGAUGACUUAUCUUACUUGAGAGCCAUAAAGCCACAUAUAUGCUUGGAAGUUGGUACCGGUUCUGGUAUUAUUAUAACGGCUUUAGCUAAAAUAUUAACUGAAACACUUUGUUUGGCAACUGAUAUCAAUCCAUUCGCUUGCACAAUUGCAAAACGCACAGCCAGACGAAAUGAUACAAAUAUUGAUACAAUACGUACGAACUUAGUGGAUGCCCUACGCCCAAAUUCCAUAGAUUUGUUGAUAUUCAAUCCUCCAUAUGUUGCUACGUCCGAUGAAGAGUUUCUAUAUAAUGACUUUUGUGAUGUUAAUAGAACAACAAGCGAUAAUCUGAUACGUGCCUGGGCUGGUGGCCACAAUGGCAUACGAAUUGUCGAUGAAUUAUUGGAAAAGCUCGAUAAUAUAAUGUCAAAACGUGGCGUUAUGUAUAUGCUGUUGCUGCGUGAAAAUAAUCCAAAAGAAAUUAUGAAUAAGUUAGGAAAUUUAAAUUUCGAAACAUCAAUAUUUAAGGAACGACGCAUCCCAGGGGAAUACUUAUACAUUUUAAAAGUAUGGCGUACUUCAUAUUCUUAAUGAUAUAAAUAUUUUUUUAAUUUUUUCUUUUCUUUCCUAUUGUAAGAUUUUUUAUUUCUAUCUUUGUAAUGGUUAUUUUCUUUUUUUUUUUUUUAUUAUAUUUAAUAAAAUUUAUUUAUAUUC